AUGUCCAUGGGAGGAGCAAAAUAUUUUGUAUCAUUCAUUGAUGAUUACUCUAGGAGAUUAUGGGUAAACCCUAUCAAGAAGAAGUCAUAUGUGUUUUCAACAUUCAAGCAUUUCAAAACACUAAUUGAGCUUGAAAUUGGAAAGAAGAUUAAGUGCAUGAGGACAAAUAAUGGAGGAGAAUGUACAGACGGUGAUUUUUUAGCAUUCUGCAAGGAAGAAGAUAUAAUGAGACAAUUUACAGUUGCUCAUACGCCUCAGCAGAACGGAUUAGCUAAGUUGUUCUGGGCAGAAGUCGUGAAAACUGCAUGUUAUGUGAUAAAUAGAUCGCCAUCAACAUCAAUUGGUUUAAAGACUCCUAUAGAGAUAUGGAAAGGAAAUCCAGCUAAUUAUUCUACUCAACAUAUGGUUGGAUGUCCUGUGUACUCAACAUAUUUUCUUCUAACCGGAGAUGGAGAACCAUCAACCUUGGUCGGAAAGCCAUCGGCAACAAAUGGGUCUAUAAGAUUAAGCGUGAUGGUAAUGAUCAAGUGGAAAGAUAUUGUGCAAGACUGGUGUUUAAAGGAUAUGCUCAAAAGGAAGGAAUUGAUUAAAAAUGAAAUAUUCUCUCCGGUGGUUAGACUUACCACUAUCAGAGUAGUUUUAGCUAUGAUUGUUGCUUAUGAUUUACAUCUCGAACAGUUAGAUGUAAAAACUUCUUUUCUUCACGGAGAACUUGAAGAAGAAAUAUAUGCUCCAACCAGAAGAUUUGAAUUCCAAUUCAUUUUGGGCUUUGCAAGUGAGGAGUAUAACCAAGAUGGGAAAGGCAACGGAAAUUUCAAAGAAACUUGGGAUGUGGAAUACUUUGGCCCAGAUAAAGUGAAAGAGUUCAAGAAAAAUAAUCCAAAUGUAAAGGUGGUGAUAAGCAUUGGAGGUCGUGAUGUUGAAACUCCAUUCUUUCCUGCUGAGGAAACUCUAUGGACUAGGCAGGCUGUAAAUUCACUCAAAGUGCUCAUCGGAAAAUACAACAAUGAAAGCGGCAACAUAAUUGAUGGCAUUGACAUUAAUUAUGAAACUAUCAAAACUAGUAAUGACUUGUUUGUUAAGUGCAUAGGUGAAGUUAUAACAAAACUCAAGAAUGAUGGUAACCUAAAUAUUGAUGUGGUGUCCAUUGCUCCAUCUGAAAAAAACGAAUCCCACUACCGUGAUUUGUUUUAUGCAAACAGUGCCAAUAUCAAUUGGGUUGACUACCAAUUCUACAAUCAAAAAAAUAUUGUAUCCACGGUUAAGGACUUUGUAGUGAUCUUUGACAAUCUAAUCAAAGGCUACCCUCCUCAAAAAGUGCUUCCCGGAAUUAGCACCGACCCGAAUGACACUAAGGAUAAUAAGAUAUCACGAGAGAUUUUUAUUGCCGGAUGCAUACAGCUCAAAAAACACUCAAAACUCAAUGGUGUUUUUCUCUGGAACGCAAAUGACUCUGCACAUCCCCCUCCUGGUGAGCACGAACCUUUUGUUGUAGAGCAUAGCUUGCAGGACCUCCUCACCAAAUCAGUUGAGCAGUUACUCGAUCGCUAGAUGUAUCUGGCGAGUAAUGAAUCUUUCAUUUAUAGGUCAAGCAUCAUAAACUAUACAAUAUAGAGCUAGAUCCUAUGUUCUAAGCUCUAUAUGAUUUAGUCUUUUUUAUAUAUAUGUUAAAUAAGACCUAUGUGUGCUACUUAUUUCAUGUGUGUAUUUGUAUUAUGUUGUAUGUGUGGAGAAUUUUAUUUCUCAUGUAUUAAUGAAUGUGUUUGUAGUAGCACUUAA